AGCAUCUUAGAGAAAAAGAAAACCAAGGGGAUCCUCAAGCUGGGACAGAGUCGGAGUGGUGGUUUGGUUAUCACACAGAAACAGGUUCAACAAAUAAUGCAAAGCCGGUCUUCCAUAACUCCAACACCCCAAGCCCUUGCUGAUCUCCAGGGACUGUGUGGGGCAUUGCUGGAUACAAUCAGUGAUAAAAAUCUGGCAUUGUCUCAUCAGAGAAAGACUAACAA